AAACAAGAUGCACGUAAAUUAACCGGAGAAGUUCACGAAAAGGUUGAAAAAAUCAUAAGUGACGAGAAAAAUGAACAAGGUGUGACUGUUCGUAAAAUCACGACCAAAACUACUACGACCAUCACCGGAUCGCAUAUAUCAAGAGCUUUAGUAUUUCUGCUUCCAUAUCAUCGUUUAACUGGGUAUCUUUUAAUUCCAUGUGUUUUUAGCCAUGCUUAUAUUCAUCGUGUACUUCCAAGACGUCACUUUGGUGAUUCCUCGAUGAUCAACGCAUCAUAUGUUACACUCGCUCUCAAGAAAUGGCCUCGUUCAACGUAUUUAGCAUUUACGUUGUUGAUCGGGUUAGGGGUUUACCAUAUUUGCAGCGGUGCACCUGUUGUGUACAAGAUCUUGAAAGGCUCCAUACUAAAAAAUGGAGAUAAACAAGCUUCAGAAGUAACAAAGAAACGACUUCGGAUCAUCAGAAAUGGGGUGAUCGUUUCUUCGAUUGGAUUAUUGGCAACCGGAUUGCUCGUUAUUGGAGGGAAAUUGAGACGUGAAAAUAUUAAAAUUCCUUUUCGUUCUGAAUAUUUGAAGGUUUAUGGACGUGUUUAUCCACAAAGUUGGGUGAGAUACUAG